GCCGGAAAUCCAGGGGUGGGCAACUACCAAGCGUUUCUGCUAUCAUCUAUGGCGUCUUUAUAAAUAUCCACGCAGCAGCAGAGUCUCAAUUCAAAUCCACCAGCAGCUAGCAACCAUCGUUGUUGGCUCCUGAGUAGAUCAUCAACAAUGGAGAUGCAUGCGACGAUGUGGUCACAACUGGGCUCCAUCACGGCCACCGUCAUGUUCCUCUACGCCAUGUUUGAUAGGUUCUUCCCUCCUCCUCUUCGUGACUAUCUCAAAACCUACACCAGAAAACUCACCUCCCUCAUCUCUCCCUAUAUCUCCAUCAAAUUCCCUGAGUUUGAAGGCGAACGUAUGAAGCGCAGCGAAGCUUUCACUGCCAUCCAGACCUAUCUGAGCGCUAACUCCUCGGAACGAGUCUCCAGGCUCAAAGCUGAAGUCGUCAAAGACAGCCAGACCCCACUGGUGCUUAGCAUGGAUGACAACGAAGAAAUCACCGACGAGUUUCAGGGGGCCAAACUAUGGUGGGCUGCUCAUAAACACGACAUCAAGAAUCAGUCCUUCUCGUUUUAUCCUUCUUCCGACGAGAAGCAUUUCUACAAGCUUACCUUCCACAAGCGUCACAGAGACGUCGUCACUCGUUCCUACGUUAAGCAUGUGUUGGAUGAAGGGAAGGCCAUCGCCACUAGGAACCGGCAGCUCAAGCUGUACACCAACAAUCCGAGCGGUAGUUGGUACGGUUGGAAGAGAACCAAGUGGAGCCAUGUCGUUUUCGAGCAUCCGGCGAGCUUCGAUACCCUGGCGUUGGACCCCAAGAUGAAGGAAGACAUCAUAAAGGACCUCGUUAUGUUUCAGAAAGGAAAGGAGUACUAUGCCAAGAUCGGAAAGGCUUGGAAGCGUGGGUAUUUGCUCUACGGUCCUCCGGGAACAGGUAAGUCAACUAUGAUCGCGGCCAUGGCUAAUUUCCUGAACUACGAUAUCUAUGAUCUGGAGUUGACCGCCGUGAAGGAGAACGCAGAGCUCAGGAAGCUGUUGAUAGAAACUACUAGUAAAUCGAUCGUGGUCAUCGAAGACAUCGAUUGCUCUCUCGAUCUUACCCGGCAGAGGAAGAAGAAGAAGAAAGAGGAGGAGGGAUCCAAAGAUCCAGUGAAGAAGGCUUUAGAUGAAGACGAGGACAAGGAGAGUAAGGUGACGCUGUCGGGACUGUUGAAUGUUAUCGACGGGAUUUGGUCGGCUUGCGGAGGAGAGAGGGUGAUCGUGUUCACGACUAAUUAUGUGGACAAACUUGACCCUGCUCUUAUCAGGAGAGGACGCAUGGAUAAGCACAUUGAGUUAUCUUACUGCUGCUACGAAGCAUUCAAGGUGCUCGCCAGGAAUUACUUGGAUAUCGAGACCCCCCACCAUUUGUACCCAAGAAUUGAGGAAUUGUUUCGAGAGACAGAGAUGACACCUGCUGAUGUUGCUGAGAAUCUGAUGCCAAAAUCAAUGGAGGAAGACGUGGAGACUUGUUUGGAGAGGCUAGUUGAAUCACUUGAAACGACCAAGCUGGAAGCCAAGAAGAAGGCAGAGGAAGAAGCAAAGAAGAAGGCAGAGGAAGAGGUCAAGGAGAAGCAAGAGGACGAAAACAAUAGAAAAUCCGGUGGGGUGAAAGAAAAUGGUUCCCUUUCAGCUGAAAAUUAAUCAAGGGCAACGGAUUAUCUAGGCUGCAAUUAUAUUAGCAUCUAUUCUAGCUAGGUUUGUACAAUAAUGUGCGCACUAAACUAUCUAAGAUUAAUGUGUCUGAAUUCGUUUGGCGCUUUUAAGGAUUUGCGGGGUAAAAUUUGUGCAUCGAACUGACAAGAUUUACUGGGUUAUAUGUAAACCUUAUUGAAAAUAAUAAAAAAAUAGCAUACUUGUCUCUGUC